UCCGUCGCUGGGUGCACCGGGCCGGGGGCCUCGAUCUGGCGCGCCUGGAUCAGUCCACAAUGCCUGAGGUUAGAGAUCUUGCCGAUGCUUUGCCAGAUGUGCAGAUGGACCCAAUCACCGGAGUUGGGGUUGUUGCUUCUCGGAACCGGGCACCUACAGGUUAUGACGUUGUUGCACAAACAGCAGAUGGGUUGGAUGCUGACCUCUGGAAAGACGGCCUCUUUAAAUCCAAGGUCACCCGAUUUCUGUGCUUUACACGGACUUUUUCUAAAGAGAAUAGCCAUGUGGGCAAUGUCUUGGUUGACAUGAAGCUCAUUGACAUCAAGGACACACUGCCGGUGGGCUUCAUCCCCAUCCAAGAGACCAUGGACACACAGGAAACGGCAUUCCGAAAGAAGAGGCUUUGCAUUAAGUUCAUUCCUCGGGAUUCCACAGAAGCGGCCAUUUGUGAUAUCCGAAUCCUGGGCCGGGGCAAGCAGGCUCCUCCUCAGUAUACGUUCAUAGGGGAACUAAACAACAUGAUCAUCUGGUACAGAAUGGGGAAGGUCCCAAGAAAUCAUGAAUCAUCUCAGCCCACGACGCCUUCUCCACAAGCUCCAGCUACGACACCAGCCGCUAACCUUCCCAGGCAUAUAUCCCUGACACUUCCUGCCAGCUUUCGAGGGAAAGGGCAUGGCACGCGGCCGGACUUCGAGUACCAGCACUCUAAUUUAUAUGCCAUAUCGGCCAUGGAAGGCGUGCCUUUUAUGAUCUCGGAGAAGUUUGCCUGCGCUUCCGAAGGGAUGCAGCCUGUCGAUCUCCUGGGCAUCACCAUUAAAUCCUUGGCAGAAAUUGAAAAGGAGUACGAUUACAGCUUCAGGACGGAGCAGAGCGCCGCAGCCAGGCUUCCCCCGAGCCCCACUAGAUGUCAGCAGCUACCGCAGUCCUGAGGUCCUUCAGCUCCUUGGAAGGGAAUCCCAUGUACUACUGAAUGGGGGGGGGCAGACUUCCUGGCCCUCUUCCCCCCCCUUCCCAUGUCCCGACAAGCAGUGUUAUUGGAGAGCCCCUCCCAGCAGAGGGAUUUUUUUUCUAAUGAAUCACCAUUUUUGUACAGUGCAACUGAUGGGGGUGUCUUAAUCUGGUGUGUGGGGGGGUUGUAUCUGUUGUUGUUUUGGAGAUUCGGAUUGGACUGGGGUUAAUCUUUUCCAUCAGCUGUCCCGAUCUUCCAGCCUCUUCUGGAAUUGCUCCGCAUCAUAACUGAAUUAACAUAGACCUCGAUGGGUGCUUCCGUCCAUCCUCUCUUACAUCCUCCCCCCUUUAAUAACUGAAAUCCCAUCAAGGCAUCUUUCUAUAGAAGGAGUGGACAUCAGGCCCUUGACUUUUAACUAUGAUCCAUAGUUUAUUGGAAGUGGUUCGUCCUGGAAGAGAGAGCAGAAUCGGAACUCGUUGCAGUUUCUAUUACCCACACAGGUAAAUCAGUCUCCAGAACAAUGACACAUCCUCUGCCCUAAACUUGGAUCUGUAUCUCAAUGAAAGAGGUUUCCUCCAGUUUGUAUAAAGACAAUAAACUCAUAGGUUUAGUGGGUCAGUGUUCUUCUAUAAACCUGUGGUUGUUUUGUUCAGGGCUGGCUUACGAGGGAUGGGAAAAGCCAAUUGUUUGCCUUCUUAGUGACGAAAAUCGCACAACUGUUCAUUCACGAUCGGAAUGACCUUUCCUGGCCUGGACUUCCUUCUGGCUCAGGAAACCUGGAAUUACCCUCGCUCUGUUCUAUGACUGAAAGGUCUCCUGCACCCAGUUUCCCCAGAGUUUGCAGUCGCCUCCUUUUUUCCCCUUCAACUGAGAGGAAUCGGCCUAAGUGUUUGCACGGAGACGUUCUGUGAGAUUCUCAGAACUGCGGCUCCCAUCGCAAGCCUAAAAGGACACAUCGGCUUCCUUCUGGCACCCAAAACGACUUGAACGUGGCAACGAACAAAAUGCCCGAGAGAAUGUGUCUGGUUGCCUCUUUCCUCUUUGACCCACCCCUCGGCUGCUUAACAUGAGAGCGACUGCCACGCGUGCCUCCGGGAGCCUUCUUGGAAGGACCUGAGACUUCACUUUGUAACACGGCUGGUGCAGUUUGUCCGGCCCAGGAACAGGGACCCUUCAUCCUCCAGCAUGCGUAUCGUGGGGGAUCUCCCGCCACCCCCCUUUGAGCCCCGGAGCAUGUCCCGGCGAAACCCGUUACUGAAAAGUUAUUUUGGAAAGUCCUAUCAGAUCCCUGGUGCUGCUUCAUCAUGAGUC